AUGAAGCAUUUUUCGUGUGUUUGGAGUUUCAUGUUUAUGGUUGCCUGCUGGGCGAGCAUAUGCUUUGCCGGCGGUGCAGCCGAGCCGUCGCUGCGAUCGGCGCGAGUAACGAACGCGUUUACGCUGCCUGUCGAGGUGCGCGUGACCUACGGGCGCUACAGUGCCAGCGCACAGAACGCCAGUCGACAACUGACAAGUGCAACUGUCGUUUUUCCAGGUGACUCUGCUGUUUUUGGAGAGGUUUUCGUACAACUCAGAGAACCCGCUGUUGUCGGCGCACUGACCGGUACGGGCUCGUCUUCGUGCGUGCAGGUCACGCUACCGAUCGAUUCCGUGCUAGCGUGUGCGUUUCCGAGCAACGACACCAACAUACCAUACACUUAUCCCGAUAGUUGUGCAUCGGCCAGUGCGCCGUACGGGGCUGAGAACCAGAAGAGAGGCAACUUUUUGGUAUUGCCUGCAACCGCGGGCGGCUCGUCAGGGUCAGCACCUGUUUCGGUGGCGUACGCUGGUGGCGAGCCCGCCGCCAGUGCGCUGAUUUCCGAAACCUGUAGCGUAUAG